UUCUUGCUCAUCUUGGCUACUAGGGGUGUGUGUGUGUUGGGUGCGUGUGUUGGGUGCAUGUUGGGUGCGCUCCAAAUAGAGCAGUGGCGUUUUGUAAACUGGUACAUUAGCUAGUCCACUAGUACUCAAAAUCUAGCCGUGUGCGUGUACAGUUAAAAUCUCUGCAGAACAUGAAGCUCAGUCAAGUGAGCGUCGUUGACUGUCAUUUUUGAGUGCUCGAUGUUGGACUACCAAUGUUUUGUAUUUGAAUUGUGCGCACUUUCUAAUCGCCCUACUUAGUACACAAGUACGCGGAUUGGAGCGCUCCCGAAAUGAGGACGUCACGUUCACAUUGAGUUUGUAGCCAACGUGUGAAGUCGAGCUUAAUAUGAUUCUGGUAUUUGCUGGUGUUUUUUAUUAAGUCGUUCAGCUGAUGUUCUUUUAACGUUCCCGCCAUGAGGAAGUUUAUUCUGCCCGUGUCUGUAUUCGGGACGGUUAUUGGCGGCGCCGUGUUGCUGAAGGACUACAUCACUGGAGGCCCAUGCCCGAGUAAAGCAAAGAUCCCUGGGAAGACGGUGGUCAUAACUGGGGCCAAUACAGGAAUUGGAAAGGAGACGGCUCAGGAACUUGCUAAGCGAGGUGGCAGGAUUAUUAUGGCCUGUCGCGACAUGGAAAAGUGUGAGGCCGCUGCACGUGAGAUCAGAGGGUCCACGCUGAACCCUCACGUUUACGCACGACAUCUCAAUCUGGCUUCAAUGAAGUCUAUACGUAGCUUUGCUAAGAAGAUCAACGAGGAGGAGAAAAGGGUGGAUGUCCUGAUCAAUAAUGCGGCUGUGAUGAGGUGUCCUCCAGGAAAGACUGAAGAUGGCUUUGACAUGCAGCUCGGAGUCAACUACCUGGGCCAUUUUCUUUUGACCAAUCUGCUGCUGGAUAAACUGAAGGAUUCCUCCCCCAGUAGAGUGAUCAACCUGUCGUCUUUGGCGCACAUUAUUGGGGAGAUUGACUUUACAGACCUGAACUGGGACAGGAAGAAGUUUGACACUAAGAAAGCAUACUGUCAAAGCAAGCUUGCCAUCGUCCUUUUUACACGAGAGCUUGCCCGCAGACUUGAGGGUACGGGAGUGACAGUAAAUGCUCUGCACCCUGGGGUUGUUGCCACGGAAUUAGGUCGACACACUGGAAUACACCAGUCCCAGUUCUCCAGCUCUGUACUCAGUCCGUUUUUCUAUCUGUUGAUAAAGUCACCUAAGCUUGGUGCACAGCCCAGUAUCUACCUUGCCAUUGCUGAGGAGCUGGAAGGGGUGACUGGCCGAUACUUUGAUGUGUUGACAGAGAAGGAGCCCGCCCCCAGGGCUCUGGACCAGGAAGUAGCUGUCAAACUUUGGGAUAUCAGUGCAUCACUGGUUGGCCUGGAAACCACACUUUCUGUGCCAGUGUCUUCAGCUUAUGUAACUAAGGAAACUCACCCUCAGCCUGUGGCAGCUGACAGUACACAGACUCAGACUCACCCUGUGGAGACGAUGACAACAGCAUAAGAGUAUUGUGAUUGUCACUGAGGAACUCAUGCUCUUAAAGAGGUGAACUGAAACAUCUCACAACACUGGAUGUUGCUGUUAUGACUGUAGUUUUAGAUUAUGUUACUUGGGUUGUAGAUAGAUGUACUGUAUUAAUCCCCAGUGGGAAAUUUGGGAUUAACCUAAUGGUUAAUGUGCCUUCCAUCAGCUGCCUUCAUACUCCUGGACUGAAUAUAGUUUUAUAUAAUGAUAUGCUAAUCAAUGGCAAAUAAAAGGCCAUACAGUCGUAUGCAAAAGUUUGAAUACCCCUGGAUGUGAUCAAAGUGCAUGUUUUGUUGAUUUUUAUGUUAAUGUGUUGAGUUUAACAUAGUGUUAUUUAUAUACAUGCAUAAUGCGCCAUAACU